AUGUCAGCGGAGUCCCCGCGACACGCGCGCUCGGGCGGGCCGCUCACGGUGCCGUCGCAGCCGCCCAGCGACCGCAGCAUCAUCGACGCGGUGUCCGGCUUCAUUAACGACGUCACGCUAUCUUCUUCAUCCACUGUUGAUCCUAAGGACGUUAUACAGUGGGCGAGGUUCGAAACCGCGGAUAUAAACGAGCCUACACCUGAAGGAGACAGCGAUAAUGACGUACCACCACUUUUGCUCAUAUUGGGCUAUGGUUCGGGUGUUCAAGUGUGGUUGAUUCCUCCCACGGGGGAGGCUCAGGAGGUGUUGUCAUGGAGACAAGGCACUGUGAGGGUGCUCCGUAUACUGCCCACUCCGCAGCACGGCGACUGCUUUGCAUCGAAGAGGCCCCUCAUCGCUUUAUGUGACUCGGCCAGCCCUGGACCAGCGUUUUGCUCAUUAAGCUUCAUAUCUAUUAGAGGCGGUGAACAGGUAAAGAGUAUUAAAUUCAAAAAUCCCAUCCUGGAUGUGCUAGCAAACAAACGUUCAGUCGUGGUAUCGUUUUCCGAGCGUUUUGCAGUAUUCGACGCGGCUACAUUAGAGGAUAGACUAGCUAUAACCACCUGCUACCCCUGCCCCUGUCCGUUGGGAAACCCCUCGCCAAUCAACCCCCUGGCCCUGGGGGAUCGCUGGCUAGCAUACGCUGAUAAGAAACUGAACCCCUCGAAACGUAGCAGUGGAGGAUGUGAAAGCGAAGGGGUAACAAGUUACACAGCAACCGUUCUUCACGCGGCCAAAUCGCUAAGCAAAGGGUUGCGUGGCCUCGGCGAGAGUGUGGCCCACAGUUUGGCGGGCGGGCGCAGCACCUCCCAGUCACCUUCACCUCCCCACGCUGAUAUACAGCAGCCAGGAAUCGUCACUAUUUUAGAUAUAGAGGGUAACGAGGAUGAAGACAGUCAGGACUGUGAGGAUCCGUGCGACCCGAUUGUGGCUCACUUCAUUGCGCACUCUGAAGCCAUCAUCGCCCUGAAGUUCGAUCCCAGUGGCAUGUUGCUGGUGACGGCCGACCGCAGAGGUCACGACUUUCACGUGUUCCGCAUAAAUCCACACCCCUGCGGGCCUAGCUUGGCGUCUGUGCACCAUUUAUAUAUAUUACACCGGGGCGAUACUACGGCUAAAGUGCAGGACAUAGCAAUAUCGGGGGACUCCCGGUGGGCGGCGGUGUCGACGCUGCGCGGCACCACGCACGUGUUCGCGGUGAGCCCGUACGGCGGCGCCGUGGGCGUGCGCACGCACACGCAGCCGCGCGUCGUCAACCGCCUGUCGCGCUUCCACCGCUCCGCCGGCCUGCCCAUACACGCCGCCGCCUGCGCGCACAGCCCUGUGUGCGAGGGCUCCGGCGCGUGGUUCCCCAACCCGCGCCUGCCGCCCUACCCGCUGCCCUGCAGCAGCGCGCCGCUCGCGCAGCUGCGUCCCACGCACAACCUCGCCACACACACCAUCACCAGGACUAGCUCGGGUCGCCAACGCCUGUCCUCCCUAUCAGAAGAAGCGGGCGCGGCGCCGCUGCUGGCGCGCGCGUGCUUCGGCGUGAGCGGCGUCGCGGGCAAGGCCGCGUCCGUGCCGCUCUACCUGAUGGCCGCCAAUGGCGCCCUGCUGCAUCUCGCUCUUAACCCUCGACAUGCUCGUAACGUACCAAAAGAGAAGAUCUGCGACGAGUCCCCAAUAGAGCUGGAUGUGGAGCCGAUAGCGCAGUGGCCGCUGCAGCGCCCGCCCGCCGCCGCCGACCUGCUGGCGCCGCUGCCGCCCUCCAACCCGCUGCUGCAGCCCAUGAGCUGCCGGAGAUGCGCGGACAUCUGCAUGAGCGAGGAGGAGCGCUGGCUGUCGCAGGUGGAGAUCGUGACGCACGCGGGCCCGCACCGCCGCCUGUGGAUGGGACCGCAGUUCGUCUUCAAGACUUACAACAUCACUGGGUCGAACUCGUCGCUGUCGGAGGCGGAGGCGGUGGAGGUGGACACGUCGGCGGCGCGCGGUGCGGCGCGCUCCACGCCCGUCAACAUGCCGGGCGCGCGCCCCGUCGUGCCCGUGCUCGUCGACUCCGGCUCGGCCAGUUCCCUAGAACAUUCGCCAUCGGAUAGUUUCCGCCGCAAGUCCCUGCUGGCGGAAUCGGGUCGGACCACCUCUGUGUGUGACGUACAGCUCAAAGAGGACCUGGCUGAAGCUAUGAAGGAGGAUCACGGUAAGAGUCUU